CCGCUCCUUCUUUCGUGCCAGCGCCAUGGCUCAGGAACCGGGAGCCAGCGGAGCAGAGGAUCGCAAGGAGCAGCCGGGCCCGCCCCGAGGCCGCGGUGACGGGCGCCCCGGCGCUGGAGUGUGCCCGGAACACUCCCUGGAGCUGAGUUGGUUUUGCGGCACCGAAAGGCGGCUGGUGUGCGCGCAGUGCCCGAGCCGGGGCAGCUGCCGGGGCCACCGCGGGCGCCCACUGGCGGAGGAGGCGGCCGAGCGGCGGAACACAAUUGUCGAUCAGUGUGAGAAACUUCAGCUGCAGAGUGCUGUGACUGCCAGAUAUGUGGCAGAGGUGCUGCCGGAGAAGAAAAAGCAUGUGGUGAGCGUGGCCAGCAAUGCCCGAGAGGUCCUGAUCAGGCGCUUGAACCUGGUGAGGAACAUCUGUGAGAGCGAGGAGCAGCGGCUCCUGGAGAUGGCGCACACGGAGGAGGAGCGGGCCCACCAGAACAUUCUCACGCAGCAAGUUCACUGGACUGAGUCACUCCGGAAACUGGAUGCCCUCCGGAACUAUCUGGUGGCCAUGAUCACUGCUACGGAUGACCACAGCCUUGUGCAGGCAGAAGAGGAAAUCUUUGAGAGAAUGGAGGCGGCGGAGGGGAUCCUGAAACCUCAGGAAUCCGAGAAGUUAAACUUUAACCCACAGUGCAUCCAGAGUCCGCUACUAAGCCGGUUAUGGGCUGCUGCUGUUCUGUGUUGGAACUCAGAUGAAGUCCACAUUGAUAAGAAAACAGUCAGCCCACUCUUGAUCCUCUCUGAAGACAAGAAAACACUGACCUUUAGCCCUAAGAAAGUCAAGAGUGACCCUGAUGGUCCAGAACGGUUUGACCACUGGCCCAAUGCCUUGGCUGAAGAAUCAUUCCACAAAGGAAUCCAUGCAUGGAGAGUCAGCGUGGCGACAAGUGGUGCAUACAAGCUGGGCAUCUCAUAUAAAUCACUGCACCGUAAGGGCACAGGUCCUGAAGCCCGCCUGGGUUACAACCCAUUCUCCUGGGUCUUCUCCCGCUAUGAUAAGGAGUUUCAAUUUUCACAUGACAAUUGCCACCAGACGGUGGAGCUCCUCAAAUGCCCAAUGGAAAUUGGGGUCCUGGUGGACUUGGAUGUGGGAGAACUGUUGUUCUAUGACCCAGAGUCCUGUGUUGUUCUCCAUGCACACCGUGAAAACUUCACUGCUCCCAUCUACCCAACCUUGGCUGUAGCUGAUCAAAGCAUAUCUCUGAUGCAGUGAGAGCAAGCGUCUACCAAGGGGGCAGCCCAUGAGGUCAUAUUUAUCUUCCGUGAACACUGAGCUUAUUUCUUAAAACAGUAGAGCCAUGUAUGGAUCAUCCUAUAUUUAUGGCUUCUUACAAUUAUGGCAUUAUGGUUCCUUACAGUUUUACAGACUCGUGCAGACAGCUGAACAUGCCAAAAGCACAACUUAAACGCCAAGGGCAAUGACUUCCACUUCAUUCACUAGAAGUGAGGAAGCCGAGGGGCUCCUGAAACCCCCGGAAUCUGAGAAGUGAAACUUGAACAUGUGGUACAUCCAGAGUCCGCCAUUUUAUCAUUUAUUCCAUCACAUGGCUAGAACUUAACGCGUCGGAACAUCCUCCUUGCCACUGUGGUACUAUACAAUCUUUUACACUGGCUUGAAUUUUGGCGGUCUGUAUGAAUGGGUGUGUAUGUGUAAGAGAGAGAGAGAGAGAGAGAGAGAGAGAGAGAGAGCAGUUGAUGUAUAGGGCUUAUGCACAGAGGGCCAUUCCACUUGAUCUUGGAAAAGAGUGUUACAUUAUAUGUAUUCACAUGAAACCUUUGACUGCCUUUGACUGAGUCAGACCAAUUUGCCCUUCUCAGAUUGUAUCAUCUCUUUUGCCUGGUAGUGACUGUCCAAGGUCUUCAGCACAGAAAGAUCUUUCCCAAGACUCUCCUUGAACUUGAAACACCAGGGACUGAACCUGGGACUUGCUGCAUACAAAGAAAAGCAAGUUCUUCCUUAUUAAGCCCCGAGAGAGAGGGGAACAGCUAGGUCUGUUUGGCCACAUGCUAAAGCAAUAACAAAAAUUCUACCCUACCAUGCACUCCAAAUUCGGUGCCAAGCAAAAUGGAACUUUUAACCUUGCAUAACACGUUUAGCAAAUUGACAUAUAAUUGCUCUUCUUUUCUUAGAACUGAAUCUGCAUUUUUUUUAAAAAAUAUUAUGCAUUAUUUAUUAUGGUUUUGCAAGCUCCAAACAGGGACAAGGAGUUCCAAUCGCUGGAAGUUGUCUUUAGCUUCCCCUCUGAUCGCAAGCAGCGUCUACGCACUUUUAAAAUACAUUUUCACAAGUAUAAGGGCUAGACACUUACCUGCUGUUUUAAAAUGAAAGCUGAAAUUCUGAGGAAGUCAAAUUCUACAUCCAAUGUAACAAGCUGUAUUCCUACAGAACAGCAAUACACACAGAGCCCUGGGCAACAACAUUUCAACUCUGCCUCACAGCCAGGAAAUAGUCCAGAUAUUAUGUGUAUGGCAGGCAUGUCAUUUCUCACCGUAACUGUCAUAUGCUAGUGGCCAGUAGGUUGCUAUGAAACACAAUCACGUUUCAUAAAGAAAUCAAAUCUCACUAGUGGCCUUGUCGCAUUUUCCUAGGAACAAACAACAUGGGAAGAUGCAAUACCUCACAAGAGAGGCAUUAUUAGGAAAAGGAUGUGUGAAUGUUCAGAACAAGUGAAUUUAAAUUGGAUUUGUUUUGUGAGAUAACAUCCAUCUGGCACAGGCCUGAAUAUGGGGACUGGGGACACGCCCACCCCACUUCAAUAAAGACUUGCUGUUGCAACCUGGAA